GCCAGGAACUUCUUUCCCCUCCUCUGUGUCAGGAUCGCAGAAAUUAUGCCCCUUCUCUCACCAUGAGCUGGCUCUCCAGUUCCCAGGGAGUUGUGCUCACUGCUUACCACCCCAGCGGCAAGGACCAGGCCCUGGGGGGGAACCAUGGCAAGGGAGGGGAGGAAGCCACCACGAGUCGCAGAUAUGGCCAGUAUACUAUGAACCAGGAAAUCACCAAAGUUAUGGAAAGGCCUCCAUUUGAUCGAUCAAGUUCCCAGGAUUCUUUGGAUGAACUAUCUAUGGAAGAUUAUUGGACCGAACUAGAAAAUAUCAAGAAAUCCAGUGAAAACAGACAAGAAGAUCAAGAGGUGGUGGUUGUCAAAGAGCCUGAUGAGGGAGAACUGGAAGAAGAGUGGCUUAAGGAGGCCGGUUUGUCCAACCUCUUUGGAGAGGCUGCUGGAGAUCCCCAAGAAAGCAUGGUGUUUUUAUCAACACUGACCCGGACGCAGGCGGCAGCUGUUCAGAAACGAGUCGAGACUGUUUCCCAGACCUUGAGGAAAAAAAACAAACAGUACCAGGUUCCUGACGUCAGAGACAUAUUUGCUCAACAGAGAGGGUCAAAAGAAAGGGAGCCUCCAGAUGGUACAGAAUCACAAUCAGUCAGAACAGAAGAAAACAAAUACAAAGGAAAAGAUGAUCAGGCAUCUAGCCUAGUUGUUGGCAAAAAGGAGCUGACCCCACUGGUGCCUGAAGAGGCACCUGCCUCUGAAACAGACAUCAACCUGGAGGUAUCAUUUGCAGAGCAAGCUGUCAAUCAGAAAGAGAGCUCCAGAGAGAAAAUCCAGAGGAGCAAAGGAGAUGAUGCCCUGUUACCUAGUUUCAGAUUGCCAAAAGACAAAACAGGCACCACCAAGAUUGGUGACCUGGCGCCCCAGGACAUGAAGAAAGUUUGCCAUUUAGCCUUAAUUGAGCUGACCGCCCUCUAUGAUGUAUUGGGUGUUGAACUGAAACAACUAAAAGCUGUGAAGAUCAAAACAAAAGAUUCUGGCCUUUUUUAUGUUCCAUUGACAGUACUGUUAGAACAAGAUCAGAAGAAAGUACCAGGAACUCGAAUACCCUUGAUAUUUCAAAAACUGAUUUCUCGCAUUGAAGAGGGAGGUUUGGAAACCGAAGGCCUCUUAAGGAUACCUGGAGCUGCUGUUCGAAUCAAGAAUCUUUGCCAAGAACUGGAAGCAAAGUUUUAUGAAGGGACUUUUAAUUGGGAAAGUGUGAAGCAGCAUGAUGCCGCCAGCCUGCUGAAGCUCUUCAUCCGGGAGCUGCCCCAGCCACUGCUCAGUGUAGAAUAUCUCAAAGCCUUUCAGGCUGUCCAGAAUCUUCCAACCAAGAAGCAACAACUACAGGCUUUGAACCUUCUUGUCAUCCUCCUGCCCGAUGCAAACAGAGACACACUCAAGGCCCUGCUUGAAUUUCUCCAAAGAGUCGUGGACAAUAAAGAGAAAAAUAAGAUGACGGUCAUGAAUGUAGCAAUGGUCAUGGCCCCGAAUCUCUUCAUGUAUCAUACAUUGGGUUUGAAGUCCAGUGAACAGCGAGAAUUUGUAAUGGCAGCUGGGAUAGCUAAUAUCAUGCACUUAUUGAUUAAGUAUCAAAAACUUCUGUGGACAAUUCCCAAGUUUAUUGUCAACCAAGUGAGGAAACAAAACACUGAAAAUCAUAGAAAAGAUAAAAAAGCCAUGAAGAAAUUGCUGAAGAAGAUGGCUUAUGACCGGGAAAAAUAUGAAAAACAAGAUAAGAGUGCAAAUGAUGCUGAUGUUCCUCAGGGAGUGAUUCGAGUGCAAGCUCCCCAUCUUUCGAAAGUUUCCAUGGCAAUACAGCUAACUGAAGAACUCAGAGCCAGUGAUGUACUUGCCAGGUUUCUCAGCCAAGAAAGUAGUGGGGUUGCCCAGACUCUCAAGAAUGGGGAAGUUUUUUUGUAUGAAAUUGGAGGAAAUAUUGGGGAACGCUGCCUCGAUGACGACACUUACAUGAAGGACUUAUAUCAGCUCAACCCCAAUGCUGAAUGGGUUAUAAAGUCAAAGCCAUCAUAGAAGUCUUAACGCUGCAAAUAACCGCAAGGACUCCCUUAGUCAUAUUUGCUGGGUCAAGAGUGUAAAUAAAAGAAACAGUGGGACACUUUUAUUAUUCAAAUGUACCUGACUCUUGAAUAGUGACACACUCAAGCUUUAAAAAGUUAUAGAUUUGUGCUGCUGCCAGAUUAUGUUAAUUAUUAUUAUUCAUAUUAUUAUUAGAAAACAUCUCUGGAGUGAGAAGAAAGGGGGGGCUUAUUUAGCUUGGAGGCUAUUUUCAUACACUCUGGGGAAUGUGUCCAGAAGUGACAUCAUUUUUUAAAAUGUGAAAAUAUACUCUCUUCCCUCUCUCUUUUUCUCCUAAAAUAAUACAUACAGUAAUAUAUGCUUUUUCACCUUUCCUCCUGACAUCUGCCUUCCCCCAAAUGGGUUUACUUUUCAACCAAAAAGGUAACAAAUGCCAGGUAUGGCAAGUUGUAAAGACAGUAUCUCUUAAACCAGACUGAAUUCAACAGUAUUCCUGUCUCUAUUGAAUGUUAAUAUUUAUCUCUUUGAGUCAUUUGUUCAAACAAUAGCAUCCCACUUCUUUCUGCUUUAUCACAUGAAGUGAUUUGCAUUUUUUUUUCAGUUCAUCUGACAUAUGUGCACAGAACUGUAUCCACUCUCAAGAAAAUAGAACUGUCAGAAACUGCCAAUUAUUACUGCACCAUUUAAGACUUACAUACUCAGGAUAAAUAAAAAAUAUCCAUGUGGAA